AUGAUGUAUUGUAAAGUGACAAAUUCUCUUGGGGACCUGUCUAAGGAUGCGCUGAAGCAAAGACUGCAGGAGCUGACAGAGGAGGUGGACGUGCUGCACAGCGAGCUGGAGGUGGCCCAGCGACAGCUGGAGGGGAAGCAGGAAGCACUGAAGAUCCUGCAGAGUCGGGCUGUGUUUGACAAAGCUACCACGCACACCAAGACGUUACUCCAGAAGAGCGAGGAGAGGAACAAGGUCUUGGAGAAGGAGGUCAAUGCCCUGCAGUGGGAGAUCACCUUCAACCAGGUGCAGUUCCGAAACGUUGAGCAGUCCUGGAAGGACAAGUACGACAGGGUGUGCAGUGACAACAAAUCACUGGGAGACAGCUUGGAGGACAAGGCCAGUGAGCUCCGGCAGGUGAAAUCAGAGAACGCCUACUUGAGCCAGCAGUGCCUGGAGCUCCUUGCUAUGCUCAACGUGAAAGAGCAGAAGAUGUUCCAGGGGUCUCUCCCAGCGCGGAGCAGCAUGGUCCGAGAGGGCACUGCCCUGGAGCUGGCCGUGCUGGGCGCCUGUAACUGCAGCACCAGCGAGGAGGAGCCCUGCCCCUGCGCCCAGUCCGCAGCUGCCAGCCGGAAGCAGGUCCUGCAGCUCAGGCAAGAGCUGGAUGUCCAAAAGAAGCGAAAAGAGGAGGCGUAUGUGACGGCAGAUGCCUUCCGCAUUGCCUUUGAGCAGCAGCUGAAGAGGAGAAGCGACCAGACCUUUCGUCUGACAGAGACCGAGGGACACCUGCGCAAAGACGUCCCCAGAGCCAGGAAGGAGGAAGGGGGGAGUCUAGUGAAGAGUGGCUCUCUCAGCGUGGCCCAGAGGCUGAAGGGGCUGCUGCUGUCCACAGCUGAGGGCAGGAAGCUGGAGAUCCAGGACGACCCGGCGGAGACGCUACAGAUGCUCGUCGAUCUGCUCAACGACAAAGAGGAAGCCUUGGCCCACCAGAGAAAGGUCAGCUAUAUGUUGGCUCGCAACUCUGAAGAGCUGGAACGCCGCCUCCGGCAAGUGACAGACGCAUGUCCUGCAGGAAGUAGCAGCUGCAGGCGAGAGGGCAGCGCUGACCGCCGCAGCUCGGACCCUGGGACCCUGCGCCCAGCUGCCACAUGCAAGAGCUGUCGGACACGACAGCACUCCUCUGUUAGCAAGGAAACACUGAGAGAGAAAACCGGCGUCCAGACAGAAACACAGAGAGAGAAAACCGGUGUCCAGACAGAAACACAGAGAGAGAAAACCGGUGUCCAG